GAACAUGGCCGAGAAGCAGAAGCACGAUGGGCGGGUGAAGAUCGGCCACUACGUGCUGGGGGACACGCUGGGGGUCGGCACCUUCGGCAAAGUCAAGAUUGGUGAGCACCAGCUGACGGGGCACAAAGUGGCAGUGAAAAUACUGAACAGGCAGAAAAUCCGCAGCCUGGAUGUGGUGGGGAAGAUCAAACGGGAAAUCCAAAACCUGAAACUCUUCCGGCACCCCCACAUUAUCAAACUGUACCAGGUGAUCAGCACACCAACAGACUUCUUCAUGGUCAUGGAAUACGUGUCCGGGGGGGAAUUGUUUGAUUACAUCUGUAAGCACGGACGUGUCGAGGAGGCAGAAGCUCGACGCCUUUUCCAGCAGAUCCUGUCUGCAGUGGAUUACUGCCACAGGCACAUGGUGGUGCACAGGGACCUGAAGCCAGAGAACGUGCUGCUGGAUGCACACAUGAAUGCAAAGAUAGCUGAUUUUGGGCUGUCCAACAUGAUGUCAGAUGGUGAAUUUCUACGCACCAGCUGUGGUUCCCCAAAUUAUGCAGCCCCUGAAGUCAUCUCUGGAAGGCUCUAUGCUGGCCCAGAGGUGGACAUCUGGAGCUGUGGUGUCAUCCUCUACGCCCUCCUGUGUGGCACUCUGCCUUUUGAUGACGAGCACGUCCCCACCCUGUUCAAGAAGAUCCGUGGGGGGGUGUUUUACAUCCCGGAAUACCUCAACCGCUCCGUGGCCACGCUCCUCAUGCACAUGCUGCAGGUGGACCCCCUCAAGAGAGCCACCAUCAAGGACAUCAGGGAACACGAGUGGUUCAAGGAGGAGCUGCCCAGCUACCUGUUCCCGGAGGACCCUUCCUACGACGCCACGGUCAUCGACGACGAGGCGGUGCGCGAGGUGUGCGAGAAGUUCGAGUGCACCGAGUCGGAGGUGAUGAACAGCCUGUACAGCGGCGACCCCCAGGACCAGCUGGCCGUGGCCUACCACCUGGUCAUCGACAACCGCCGCAUCAUGAACCAGGCCAGCGAGUUCUACCUGGCCUCCAGCCCCCCCACAGGCUCCUUCAUGGACGACAGCGCGCUGCACAUCCCGCCGGGCGUGAAGCCGCACCCCGAGCGGAUGCCGCCGCUCAUCGCCGACAGCCCCAAGGCACGCUGCCCCCUGGACGCCCUCAACACCACCAAGCCAAAGCCCCUGACUGUCAAAAAGGCCAAGUGGCACCUGGGCAUCCGCAGCCAGAGCAAGCCCUACGACAUUAUGGCCGAGGUGUACCGCGCUAUGAAGCAGCUGGACUUCGAGUGGAAGGUGGUGAAUGCCUACCACCUGCGGGUGCGCCGCAAGAACCCCGUCACCGGCAACUACGUGAAGAUGAGCCUGCAGCUCUACCAGGUGGACAACCGCAGCUAUCUGCUGGACUUCAAAAGCAUUGAUGACGAGGUGAUGGAGCAGAGGUCCGGCUCCUCCACGCCCCAGCGCUCCUGCUCGGCCGCGGGCUUGCACCGGCCGCGCCUGAGCAUCGACGCGGCCGCGGCCACCGAGUGCCAGUCCCUGAUGGGCUCCCUGAGCGGCUCCUUCGUGGGCAGCAUCCCCUCGGUGCCCCCCCGCCUGGGCAGCCACACCAUGGACUUCUUUGAGAUGUGUGCCAGCCUCAUCAUGGCCCUGGCCCGCUGACGGCCCCCUCUGCGCACCGUGAGGAUCUGCGCCGACUCGUCCGCCCCCUCCUUUCUUUUGCUUCCUUGUUCUUCCUCCUCCUCCUCCCCUCACUGCCCCACAGAGCCAAGUCCAGACCCAAAACAUGCUCCCCUCUAGCAAGGCACCAAGGAAAUUAACUUAACUUCUCUCCUUGUGCCUGGCGAAAUGUAUCCAAUACUCUUUUUUCUUCUUUCCUUGUGAACCCCAUGGGAAAUGUUAAGGCUGUAAAGUAACAAAUGUUAUCACUGAGUUUUUGGAAAACACCUCACCCCUGGUUCAUCCUGAGGUAAUGGAGGCAUAGCCACGCUUCCUGCAGGGAGUUUGAUGUUCUCCCUGAUGCUGUGCAGAGCUGGGCUGAGCCAGGGCAGAGGGGCUGACCAGGAGCCCUGUGAGAUGGAGUGGAGGGUGAUGAAGCAGCUCUGCAGCGUUCACACCCAGCUGCCAGCCUCUCUCACACUUUCCUCCCCAAAGCAGCAGCUGCUUAGAUGCUUCUGCACUAGUGCAAUAUGACCUCCCUCCCCUCUCUUUUUUCCUCUGCUGAAGAUGGGCAGGGAAGGUGGGAUGUGCAAAGGUCCUGGUGCAAACUUGCCAGUCUUUGCAGAGGAGUGUCCCUAAGGUGCAGUCUUUGCAGAAGAGUGUCCCUAAGGUGCAAUCUUUGCAGAGGAGUGUCCCUAAGCUGCAGUCUUUGCAGAAGAGUGUCCCUAAGGUGCAGUCUUUGUCCCUGUCCACUCUUUGCAGGGGAGUGUCCCUAAGGUGCUUUAUUUUGCCCAAGGGCUCCGGACAGCACUGAGCUGCUCGCCACGCUCGGAGCUGAAGGCAGAUUGCCUUUUUCUCCCCUCCCUGCAGCCUGCUCCCCCUGCCCUGCCUCCCCACGGGCUCCAGGGGCUAAAUGCCAAGCAGGGCUCAGGUGAGCAGAGGACAGGAUCUGGAUCACCCCCCUGAGGACCCAGCGCUUCCCCCAGGGUUGGGACCAUCCCUGAUGGGCAGGAGGCAUCAGCAGCGCACAGCUCCGGAGCACUCACCUCUCACCUCUCCCCUAGGAUGCUCUGCCUGUUGUCACCUCCCCAAAAUCACUGCCAAAUCUGCCUUCCCUGCUGCUGGACACUCACUGCCCCUGCCCAAGGGCUCUCCUGUCCUGUGCUGCUGCCCACUGGACUGUGACCUUCGCUGCUCCGCUGACCAGGCAGGGAUAUCCCAACCCGGAAUUUUACUGUUCCUUUGCUACUGGCUGUCUGAAGGAUGGGGUUUUAUUUUUCAAGAUGAACUGCGGGGAUUUUUAAGGUUAAAUUCUUGUUACCCAAGGGUAAACCCUAAUGCAUGUAUGAAUUCUUUGUUUAAAAGAGUUAUUAUUUUUUAUUACACGGGAUUAAUCUAAUGGGCAGCGUUGGCAUCUGCUUGGCUUUGAUAUGGUAUUUAAUUCCAUUUACUUGAUUAUGAAGUAAUAGUCUAAUCAAGGAACAAAUGCUUUAUGAAAGCUUUGCCAAAAAUAUGUUGGGUGGGGGGGUUGGUUUUGUUCUGUUGUUUUGGUUUUUUUUUUCCUUUGUGUUCUGUUUUAAGAAACAAAGCAAAGAACUUUUGCUGGUCCCAGGUAUGCAGUCAUUCGACUUGAAAAAAUACGUAAUCUGUCUUCUUGAUAGCUUCAUAUGACCCCUUGAGGUUUUUUCCUAGGGUUUUCUUUUUUGUACAGUUGCACUUUAAUUUAUACUUUCUGCAAGUUUGUAUGAGAAGCAAGGAAAAGAACAACAAAUUAAGCCUUUUUUACUAAUCAUUUAAGGUAAUCAAGACAAACACGGGAUAUUUUUGCCAUCUACUGGCAGUUAAAUGGACUUUUUCAGUUUGAAGUCCCUUUUUUUUUAAAAAGAACCACAAAAUUGCCUUACUUUUGUUACAGAUUGUGCUUGGAUCCUCACUAAUGUGACUUUACAGUUGCAAUUUUUCCAGAAGCCGCACAAAAUAGAAAGCUUCCAAAAAAAAAAAAGAAAAAAAAAAGAAAAAAAAAUCAGUUUUGCUCUUGAGCACUAAAUCCAACACAGCAGUGGUUGGACUGUAAGAAAUACUGGAAAUAUUUGUAGUGUUCCUAGGUUUUGUAACGAGCCUUUUAUUACAGUAUGAUUAUUAAAUACCUACUCUGGGGUGAGGAUGGCUUUGGUGCUGUGCCUGGUGGCUGCCAGGUGAUUUGUGUCCCCAGUGCUGUGGUGUGAGUUUGGAUGGAGAAUCCAAACUCCUGCAUGGAAGAAUAAAAAAAAACAAAAA